UUUCCAAUAAAGAUGAUGGUCUAAAUACAGAACGUUUUUAGUAUAUUUCUUUAUUAUUGGAAUAAAACAUAAAAAUAUUAAAUACUCAAUAUUUAUUAUUGAUUCAAAAAUACGAAAAAUGUGUGUGCAGAAAGUUUUUUCUACAUAAACAUUGUGAUUCUGAUUGUAUAUAUAUGAUUAGUAUUUAUCGAAACAAUAGGAAUUCAGUAACUAUGACAAGUCAAACAAUGAAUAAGAUUACGUAUAAUAGUUUAAUAUGUUAUAUUACUUUCUUCAUAUAAAAACGAACUUAAAUAUUUUGUCGACAUUUAUUUCAAUUUCACGGUCAUAAUAACUGUAUUACUUUAAUAGUUUUAUAAAUACCAAUACGUUAAAAGUAAAAGUGAAAAAACUGAAAAAUAUGGAGGUAGAUGAUUGUUCAGCCGGUGGAGAUACUGGAGGAGAAGAAGAUGAAGACGAAGCUUCUAGUCAUGGAUCAGUAAGUAACAGUAGUAGUAGUGGGAUGAGCGGCAGUAGUACUUCAACUGACAGUGGAGAAGACAGUGGAGAGGAACGGGAUUCUAGUGAUACAGAUAGCCAUAGUUCUGCAGAUGAAGAUGAUGAUGAAAAUGAAAAUACAGAAUAUUCUGUAAAAGCAGAAAGUUCGGAUGCUCUGAGAUGGGAAACUUGUGUAGCUGCGAAUAUUCGAUUGAAACUUCCACAAGAUCUUUGCGAAGAUUCUGCUAUCUUCAAAGAAUUAUUAGAUUACCCAUAUUUUUGGAAUGAAUGCCUUAGUGAAAAUCAAAGAGAAUCUUUGUAUAGCUUCUUACCAACUUUUCCAAAAGAUUGUGAUAUCGAAGCUGAAAUGGAGAGAACAUUGCAAAUGCUAUUUGAUAGAGAGGAUCAUAGAUUUGGAGUUGCGACACUGGAUGCAUUUCAUAAACACCUUUUAGCUGGUUAUUAUAGACCAGAUAUCAAACGAAUGCGUAGUUUGCUACAUAAAGCACAACAAAAAAGACUGCUGUUCGAAGAACGUAAAAGAUCAUAUGAACUUGCCAAUCAGUUACUUAAAUCACGGGAAAGUUUAUUAUCUAAUGCAUAUAAACAGGGCUUUAGUCAGCCUGUACAUCGAACAAUGUCUAAAUUUCAUUGGAAGAAACCAAAGCCAGCAAUGGUUGAAGAGAAAACCCAGCUACGCUAUUUGGAGGAACUGAGUAUCCUGAGGACUGAACUGGGAACUAGUGCAAGGUUAGCACCUGACACAACAUCUGAAAAUGAAGAAAAUUAUUUAUAUUAUCAACUAUCUGGAACUAAGCAAAAGAAGAAAAAGCGCUCCACCAUGAGUCUUCAAGGAUUAUCAAUUAGAGGGUUGCAGAUCAAUCAAGAAGAUGAAACAAUUCGGCCUGUAUUUUCUACGUUCCAACGAACAGACUACGCAUCGAAUAGAUCGUUAUUUGUUCGUGAACAAACAGAAGAAGCAUAUCGUGCAAUGUUAAUUGCUCAUAAAAAGAGAAGAGCACAUCAUGAUAUUCAUCCUGAAUUAAAUACUCAGGGCAUUGCUCUUGCCGACUUAACUCAAAGAGCACAGACUGGCCAAAAGCACAAGCUUUCAGUUAAUACCUCUAUAAGGAUUACUCCUGCUAAGAAACGCAUUAAACUAGAACAAUCUACACUUUGUCCACCUGCACCAAAAUUAAUAAAUUCAAAUUCUACAAAACAUGAAAGUGAUAACAGUGAUUAUUCUCAUACAACAGACGAUAAUAGACAUUCUAAUGCAGUGGACAUAGAUCACAAGUUAACACCCAUAAAAUCUGAACCCAUAGAUGUAUAUGACAUACAUCCCGUAUCAAAGAAAAAAAUGAGCCCUGUUACUCCUAGGAAUAAUAAACCUAUUCUAAGCACACUAGAAAUUAAGAAAGAAGUAGAAGAAAUGGACUUUGAAGAUAUAAAAACGGAGAUUAAUACAGGUACAAAUGAUGAUGUUAUGCCGGAAACAGAGGAAGACGAGGAAAAUGACAAAAAAGAACUUGAUUUAGGUAGUAUCGACAUGAUGCAAAUACCAAUUCAACUUGACGAUGGUAUUGAUAUUCUUGAUGAUGUGAAAUGUGAGAAUGAAAAUGUUAUGACUAUGAGAGAUAAAGAAAUAUCUGUACCUAGUGGAGAAGAUACUAUUGAUGUUAAUAGUGGAGCAGAACUUAUGCAAGAAACGCAUGCAUCAUUUUUCUCUUUGCUGAGAGAUGCUUUCACUUCUAAAGGGGAAUUUAGAAUGAGUACUGGAGAAAUAAAGGAUGCUAUCACACAAUGGCAAGGCAAUCCAAUUUCGCCACUAAAUGAUUGGUAUUCUUUAGCAUCUUCAUGGCCAUCGUUAGUUCCAUUAGCUUUGGGAUUUCUUGCUGGUGAAUUAACAUAUUCUCAAGAAUUGGAACAACCGCAGGAACGGGAACAAGAACUUGUUCCCUACUUAGAAAAUAAAGGCAGUGGUGUAUAUGCUUGGAUUGGUGCAGGCAGAGAUUCGGAUUCUCGUCUAUUAGAUUUGUGUACAAGAUUUUUAAUGCAUAGAGAUUCACUGGGGCCAUCUUAUAUGUCAUCUGGUGUAGUUUCUGUAAAACAAAUAUCACAGUUAUCGACACCAAGUAAUAAUAAUAAUAAUAACAACAACAACAACAACAACAACGGAAACAGUACAACCAAUGGAAACACUAGAAGUGCAAGUCCUGCAGUAGAAUCAAUUAAUAUCGAUACGAGUUCUCUUGGAUCUAUCACAGAAUGGGAACCACCACGAGCAUUAUGGCCUACAGAAUGGAAAGUCCGACCGUCUACAAUCGAAGAACGUGAAGAAUUUAGAAGACAAGAACGAAUGCGCUAUGCAGCACCUCAUAAAGCAUUUACUUAUCGCAUGCAUGGAUAUGCAUCUGUAGUGGGACCUGUCAAAGGCAUUUAUCAACAUAACGUUGGAUCUGGAUUAACUAAACCACGGGGACAUUCUUUAUUAGUAGCUGAUCGACCAAAUUUUGUAACAAUCUUAGCGUUGGUUAGAGAUGCCACAGCUCGAUUACCAAAUGGUGAAGGAACUCGUGCUGAUAUAUGUCAGUUAUUAAAAGAUUCUCAGUACAUCAGAGAACAAGGAGAGAGCGAUGACAAAGAAGGGUAUUUACAUUCAGUUGUAUCAGGUGCUUUGGACAGAUUGCAUUAUGAAACAGAUCCAUGCGUUAGAUAUUAUCCUCGGCGUAAAGAAUGGCUAUAUCUUCAUAGAGCUCGUUCAGAGUCGGAAUUUGAAAUGUAUCAUCAACAACUACAAGGUGUAGCAAAGAAUAAAAAAAAUGUAGGAAAUACGUCACGGAAUAAAUUAUUACAACCAUCUAUUAAACCUAUUGUACAUAAGGAACAAUCUCCUAAUAGUAGCAAAGAAACUACUCCCAAAAAAGAAAGGCGCGCUGUUACUGUGGUACAACCAGUUAUAACUCGAAAAGAACAACGUAAAACCGAUGAAAAAAUUACUGUUGAUCAUCCAACUUCUUCCGAACAAUCGGUUGUUAAUACAACGACAGUAACAACGAUCAAUGCAUCAACAUCAGCCAUUUCUACCGCUACUGGUACUACCAUUUCUGUAACUACACUUCCAAGCUCUUCUACAUUAACUACGACAGCUAACAUAGACAGAAAUAAUAUCGUUUCUGAAGUUAAAACUUUAACAACAUCAAAUGCAAUUAAAAAAGUAACUAAUAUAGGAGGGAAACCGGUGGCUGUAGUAAAAACUAACGCAGCACAAAGUUUAUUGCAAUCAAGUCAACAGCAUUUUCCUCAUCAUCAAAUACAAGUGUCCACAUCUGCCGGACUGCAAACUAUAAGAUUGUCAGGGCAUUCUGUACUUCAUUCUGCUCAACCUACAGCAACAAAUACCAGUUCUUGUAUAGGAAACACUACCACAAAUUUAGCAACAAUAUUUCCUAAUGCUAAAGUUCAAAAUCAACAACAGCAACAAACUGUAGUAACGAGUCAAACUGGGAAAAGUAUUUUGCAAACUUCUAAUAUAAAACAACAGUCUCAACAACCACACGUAUUGCCUGGCAAAACAUUACUGGCAUCUCAAAUAAAAUUAGUCAGUUCAGGACAAAUAAAAUCAUUACUCACAGGACAUGGCCUUCAAGGUCAAACGAUAUUCAUUAAACAAUCAUCUCCAUCCAAUAAUCAGUCUCAACAAUUACAGCAACAACAACAACAAUUAAAGCAGCAACAGCAGCAACAACAGCAACAACAGCAGCAACAACAACAACAACAGCAGCAGCAGCAACAACAACAGCAACAGCAGCAGCAACAACAACAGCAACAACUUCAAAGAGUCGUAACUAACCAACAACAACAGAUACAGACAACAGGAAUGCAACGUAUAAUUGCACAAAUCGGCGGUAAACCGAUUGCAGUGCAAAUACAACAAUCUCCGCAUCAAUCCCAACAGCAACAACAACAACAACAAAAAAUAUUGGCGAAGGUUUUAACUAGUACAGGUGCGGGACAACUUAUCUCUGUAGAAAGUUUACUUGCACAAAAGGGAUUGAAAUUAGCAACGAAUGCUACUCAUGCUAAUCAAGUAAACAGACAAGGCAAACAGGUCAUACAAACUCAAUAUCAGGUGGUGUCACAAAAUCAAACAUCUUCGGCACAAUCGAAAAUUAUUGCUAGUACACAUCAACAAUCUCAAUCGCCUCAAACUCAGACAGUCAGAAUGGUCACAGCACAAAUUACUGGAAAACCUAUUGUCCUAGCAAGUGGAAAUAAGAGUGUUGGCGUUGGAGUAAGUGGGAGUGGAAAUGUAGUUCUUGGAAAACAACAAAACCCACAACAACAACAAAGUCAACAGCAACCAAUAAUUCUACCAAGUCAGUUGCUAAAUAUUAAAACGUUACAUGGUCUCAAGGUGAUACCAACGCCUACAGGACUGAAGACAACAGGCGCUGCAGUUUAUGCUAGAGUUAUCGCGCCGACCACGAUUUCUUCGACGCAGUCGACAGUAAAUCAACAACAGCAGCAACAGCAACAACAACAACAACAACAACAACAACAACAGCAGCAGCAGCAACAACAACAACUGCAACAACUGCAACAACAACCUGCUCAAACACAACCAUCAAAGAACAAUUCACAUAGCACACCUUGACAAAAUUAAUAUGGUAUUGUUUUAUUAUAUUCUUCUUCAUUGUUUCGACCAUUUAUAUUUUGAAUACUUUAAAACUAUUACAGGUCUAAAUCUCGUAUGAUUUACUUGUAAAACUGUAGUUAAAGUAUGUAGCACUUCAUUGUUGCAUCGUAUUUAAUAUAUGCAACAAAAAAUGUUGAACACACAGAAAUUCCAAAAUUUUCGUGCAACACACAACAACAGAACAAUAGCUCUGUACGAAUAGGAAUGAGGUGAUGGAUAAUAUAUGAUGCAUAAAUGAAAAAAUACGCGAAAUUUGUAUUAUGUAUGGAGUAUUUACAAAUGCAUGAUAUAAUUUGAAUACAAAGCAUUACUUGCUCUUGUGUUCUGAAGAUAUGUAGCGUUAAGUAUAAAUAAACUUACAUGUAAGAAAAUA